AUGGGGCUUACCGAUCUGCCCACGGAGCUUGUUGACUUGGUCUGCCGGCAGCUAUGCCCGCACUGCAAUGGCGACAGCUAUGAUGGACAUGUUGCACUAGCCCAGCUCGCUCGGACAUGUCAGGCUUUGAGCAAAACUACUCAGUCGGUCCUCUUCCAUCGGAUCUGCGUCUGUAGAACUUACAUUUCUUGUAUUGAGACUCUCAUCAAGCGGUCGGAUCUCAGGUCGCAGGUGAGGCAGAUCCGGUAUGUCCAGGGUGUGGGAUUGGAACGCAGUGAGGAUGCCCCGGAAGUCAAAUACUACAAUCCAGAUGAGGACGGGUUACAGGAUUUCCUAUCGAAGGAGUCGAUGGCCUUCUUCAACGCGGCCGGCCUACAGAAAUGGACCGAGUCCGAGUUCUACGAAGAAUCCACCGCCAGCCUUUUCGUCCUGGCACCCAACGCCGACAAGAUCUAUUUCCGAGACUGGUGGAAAGAUGGAGAGCUGCCCGCGCUUUUCAGUCGCAAACGGCCUCGCCUGCCGGCCUUGAAGGUGUUGGAGCUCGAGUACGAUAUCCGUCAGGACUUGGAUUACGAUCUGGCCGAGAUAUCGUGCCUCCUCCGUGCCGCGCCCAACCUUAUCGCGCUCCGACUGGGCGACUACCAUGAGAUGUCGGGCUUCAACGCUCACUUGCCAAAUGUCGUUGAGCUCAGCUUAUACCGCUGCUAUCUGCCCCAAGACAGUGUCAAGAUGCUCGUCCACGCCUGCCCAGUGCUCAGAGAGUUUGUCUACCACUCCAGGGAUUGGCCAUAUCCCUUGGAGGAAGAUCUCGGUCCCCAAGAUAUUGCCGAGGUCUUGCUGGAGCGAAGGAAAAGAUUGACCCGCAUCGAGAUGGACUUUACCGAGGCCCAAACCUUUGACGCCCAAGUGGCAGACCUCAGAACGUCCUACGACUUCAAGAAAUUCACAGCUCUUAAAGAGCUGGCGCUCGACGGGCCGGCUCUUUUCAACCAUAGAUAUAACGAUUUGCCGGGGACGACUUUUGCUGACCGAGACCUGCUCAUCGACAUGCUUCCCCCGCAGAUAGAGUCACUCGACAUCUACAGCGGAUCGGAGGUGGAGAAGGCCGGGAUCAGGAAACUCAUCGAUCGACUGGUGGACGAACGUCGCCGUUUCCCCAAGCUCGAGCUCGUGAGACAGGAUUGCAAGGUGGUCUAUGGUGACAGAGGUGCUGCGGAGAGACAUCGAGUUCCGUUUGUGUACAACUGGGGAUGGAAGAUUGAGCCGUGGGAGAGUGUCCUGAGCUAG